ACUGCCCAAACUACAACUACAACAACCACCCCAACUACAACUGCUGCCCCCACUACAACUACAACCAACGCCCCAACUACAACCACAACCACUGGCCCCACUACAAUUACAACUGCCGCACCAACUACAACUACAACCGCUGCCCCAAGUACAACCGCCGCCACAAUAACAACUACAACCAACGCCCCAACUACAACCGCUGCUGCAACUACAACCACAACCACUGCCCAAACUACAACUACAACCGCUGCCCCAACUACAACCAUCACCCCAACUACAACUACAACCACUGCCCCCACUACAACUACAACCACUGCCCCUACUACAACUACAACCGCUGCCCAAACUACAACUACAACCACCGCCCCAACUACAACUACAACCACCGCUCAGACUACAACUACAACCACUGCCCCAACUACAACCACAGCCGCAACCACAACCACUGCCCCAACUACAACUACAACCGCUGCCCCAACUACAACUACCGCCACAACUACAACCACCACCCCAACUACAACUACAACCACUGCCCCAACUACAACUACAACCACUGCUCCAACUACAACCACAACCACUUACCCAACUACAACUACAACCACAGCUCCAACUACAACCACAACAACCGCCCCAACUACAACUACAACCACCGCCCCAACUCCAACUACAACCGGUGCCCCAACUACAACCACCGCUGCAACUACAACUACAACCACCACCCAAACUACAACCACAGCUGCAACUACAACCACAACCACUGCCCCAACUACAACUACAACCACCGCCCCAACUACAACCACAACCACUGCUCCAACUACAACCACAACCACUGCCCCCACUACAACUACAACCGCUGCCCCAACUACAACUACAACCACCGCCCCAACUACAACUACAACCACUGCUCCAACUACAACUACAACCACUGCCCCAACUACAACCACAACAACCGCCCCAACUACAACUACAAGCACCGCCCCAACUACAACUACAACCACCGCUCCAACUACAACUACAACCGCUGCCCCCACUACAACUACAACCGCUGCCCCAUCUACAACUACAACCACCGCCCCAACUACAACUACAACCGGUGCCCCAACUACAACCACCGCUGCAACUACAACUACAACCACCACCCAAACUACAAUCACAGCUGCAACUACAACUACAACCACUGCCCCAACUACAACUACAACCGCCAUCCCAACUACAACCACAACCACUGCUCCAACUACAACCACAACCACGGCCCCCACUACAACUACAACCGCUGCCCCAACUACAACUACAACCACCACCCCAACUACAACUACAACCACUGCCCCAAGUACAACCACAGCCGCAACCACAACCACUGCCCCAACUACAACUACAACCGCUGCCCCAACUACAACUACCGCCCCAACUACAACCACCACCCCAACUACAACUACAACCACCACCCCAACUACAACUACAACCACCGCUCCAACUACAACCACAACCACUGCCCCCACUACAACUACAACCGCUCCCCCAACUACAACUACAACCACCGCCCCAACUACAACUACAACCACUGUUCCGACUACAACUACAACCACUGCCCCAACUACAACCACAACAACCGCCCCAACUACAACUACAACCACCGCCCCAACUACAACUACAACCACCGCUCCAACUACAACCACCACCCAAACUACAACCACAGCUGCAACUACAACCACAACCACUGCCCCAACUACAACUACAACCACCGCCCCAACUACAACCACAACCACUGCUCCAACUACAACCACAACCACUGCCCCCACUACAACUACAACCGCUGCCCCAACUACAACUACAACCACCGCCCCAACUACAACUACAACCACUGCUCCAACUACAACUACAACCACUGCCCCAACUACAACCACAACAACCGCCCUAACUACAACUACAAGCACCGCCUAACUACAAACUACAACCACCGCUCCAACUACAACUACAACCGCUGCCCCCACUACAACUACAACCGCUGCCCCAUCUACAACUACAACCACCGCCUAACUACAACUACAACCGGUUGCCCCAACUACAACCACCGCUGCAACUACAACUACAACCACCACCCAAACUACAAUCACAGCUGCAACUACAACUACAACCACUGCCCCAACUACAACUACAACCGCCAUCCCAACUACAACCACAACCACUGCUCCAACUACAACCACAACCACGGCCCCCCACUACAACUACAACCGCUGCCCCAACUACAACUACAACCACCGCCUAACUACAACUACAACCACUGCCCCAAGUACAACCACAGCCACAACCACAACCACUGCCCCAACUACAACUACAACCGCUGCCCCAACUACAACUACCGCCCCAACUACAACCACCACCCCAACUACAACUACAACCACCACCCCAACUACAACUACAACCACCGCUCAACUACAACCACAACCACUGCCCACUACAACUACAAGCUCCCCAACUACAACUACAACCACCGCCCCAACUACAACUACAACCACUGUUCCAACUACAACUACAACCACUGCCCCAACUACAACCACAACAACCGCCCCAACUACAACUACAACCACCGCCCCAACUACAACUACAACCACCACCCCAACUACAACUACAACCACCGCUCCAACUACAACCACAACCACUGCCCCCACUACAACUACAACCGCUCCCCCAACUACAACUACAACCACCGCCCCAACUACAACUACAACCACUGUUCCAACUACAACUACAACCACUGCCCCAACUACAACCACAGCCGCAACCACAACCACUGCCCCCACUACAACUACAACCGCUGUGCCAACUACAACUACAACCACUGCCCCCACUACAACUACAACCGCUGUCCCAACUACAACCACCACCACAACUACAACCACAACCACUGCCCCAACUACAACCACCGCCGCAACUACAACCACAACCACUGCCCCCACUACAACUACAACCACAGCUCCAACUACAACCACCGCCGCAACUACAACCACAACCACCGCCCCAACUACAACUACAACCACUGCUCCAACUACAACUACAACCACUGCCCCAACUACAACCACAGCCGCAACCACAACCACUGCCCCAACUACAACUACAACCACUGCCCCCACUACAACUACAACCACUGCCCCAACUACAACCACAACAUCUGCCCCCACUACAACUACAACCGCUGCCCCCACUACAACUACAACCGCUGCCCAAACUACAACCACCACCACAACUACAACCACAACCACUGCCCCAACUACAACUACAACCACAACUACAACCACUGCCCCAACUACAACCACAGCCGCAACCACAACCACUGCCCCAACUACAACCACUGCCCCCACUACAACUACAACCGCUGUCCCAACUACAACUACAACCACUGCUCCAACUACAACCACAGCCGCAACCACAACUACUGCCCCAACUACAACUACAACCACUGUCCCCACUACAACUACAACCACAGCUCCAACUACAACCACCGCCGCAACUACAACCACAACCACCGCCCCAACUACAACUACAACCACUGCUCCAACUACAACUACAACCACUGCCUCAACUACAAUCACAGCCGCAACUACAACCACAGCCGCAACUACAACUACAACCACUGCCCCCACUACAACUACAACCACUGCCCCAACUACAACCACAUCCGCAACCACAACCACUGCCCCAACUACAACUACAACAUCUGCCCCCACUACAACUACAACCGCUGCCCCCACUACAACUACAACCGCUGCCCAAACUACAACCACCACCACAACUACAACCACAACCACUGCCCCAACUACAACUACGACCACAGCUCCAACUACAACCACUGCCGCAACUACAACCACAACCACAACCACAACCCCAACUACAACUACAACCGCUGCCCCAACUACAACCACUGCCCCCACUACGACUACAACCGCUGUCCCAACUACAACUACAACCACUGCACCAACUACAACCACAGCAGCAACCACAACCACUGCCCCAACUACAACUACAACCACUGCCCCCACUACAACUACAACCACUGCCCCAACUACAACCACAGCCGCAACCACAACCACUGCCCCAACUACAACCACUGCCCCCACUACAACUGCAACCGCUGUCCCAACUACAACUACAACCACUGCUCCAACUACAACCACAGCCGCAACCACAACUACUGCCCCAACUACAACUACAACCACUGCUCCAACUACAACCACAGCCGCAACCACAACUACUGCCCCAACUACAACUACCACCACUGCCCCCACUACAACUACAACCGCUGCCCAAACUACAACCACAGCUGCAACUACAACCACAACCACUGCCCCAACUACAACUACAACCACAGCUCCAACUACAACGACUGCCGCAACUACAACCACAACCACCGCCCCAACUACAACUACAACCGCUGCCCCAACUACAACCACUGCCCCCACUACAACUACAACCGCUGUCCCAACUACAACUACAACCACUGCCCCAACUACAACCACAGCCGCAACCACAACUACUGCCCCAACUACAACUACAACCACUGCCCCCACUACAACUACAACCACUGCCCCCACUACAACUACAACGACUGCCGCAACUACAACCACAACCACCGCCCCAACUACAACUACAACCGCUGUCCCAACUACAACUACAACCACUGCCCCAACUACAACCACAGCCGCAACCACAACCACUGCCCCAACUACAACUACAACCACUGCCCCCACUACAACUACAACCACUGCCCCCACUACAACUACAACCAUUGCCCCAACUACAACCACAGCCGCAACCACAACCACUGCCCCAACUACAACCACCGCCCCCACUACAACUACAACCGCUGUCCCAACUACAACUACAACCACUGCCCCAACUACAACCACAGCCGCAACCACAACUACUGCCCCAACUACAACUACCACCACUGCCCCCACUACAACUACAACCGCUGCCCAAACUACAACCACAGCUGCAACUACAACCACAACCACUGCCCAAACUACAACUACAACCACAGCUCCAACUACAACGACUGCCGCAACUACAACCACAACCACAACUACAACUACAACCACUGCCCCAACUACAACCACAGCCGCAACCACAACCACUACCCCAACUACAACUACAACCACUGCCCCCACUACAACUACAACCACUGCCCCCACUACAACUACAACCAUUGCCCCCACUACAACCACAGCCGCAACCACAACCACUGCCCCAACUACAACCACUGCCCCCACUACAACUACAACCGCUGUCCCAACUACAACUACAACCACUGCUCCAACUACAACCACAGCCGCAACCACAACUACUGCCCCAACUACAACUACCACCACUGCCCCCACUACAACUACAACCGCUGCCCAAACUACAACCACAGCUGCAACUACAACCACAACCACUGCCCCAACUACAACUACAACCACAGCUCCAACUACAACGACUGCCGCAACUACAACCACAACCACCGCCCCAACUACAACUACAACCGCUGCCCCAACUACAACCACUGCCCCCACUACAACUACAACCGCUGUCCCAACUACAACUACAACCACUGCCCCAACUACAACCACAGCCGCAACCACAACCACUGCCCCAACUACAACUACAACCACUGCCCCAACUACAACCACAGCCGCAACCACAACCACUGCCCCAACUACAACUACAACCACUGCCCCCACUACAACUACAACCACUGCCCCCACUACAACUACAACCAUUGCCCCAACUACAACCACAGCCGCAACCACAACCACUGCCCCAACUACAACCACUGCCCCCACUACAACUACAACCGCUGUCCCAACUACAACUACAACCACUGCCCCAACUACAACCACAGCCGCAACCACAACUACUGCCGUUACUACAACCACACCUCCAACUACAACCACCGCCGCAACUACAACCACAACCACUGCCCCCACUACAACCACAACCACUGCCCUAACUACAACUACAACCACAGCUCCAACUACAACCACCACCGCAACUACAACCACAACCACCACCCCAACUACAACUACAUCCACCGCCCCAACUACAAUAACAACCACUGCUCCAACUACAACUACAACCACCACCCCAACUACAACCACAACCACUGCCCCUACUACAACUACAACCGCUGCCCCAUCUCCAACUACAACCACUGCUCCAACUACAACUACAACCACCGCCCCAAGUACAUCCACCACCCCAACUACAACUACCACCACUGCUCCAACUACAACCACUGCUCCAACUACAACUACAACCACCGCCCCAAGUACAUCCACCGCCCCAACUACAACCACCACCCCAACUACAACCACAACCACUGCCCCUACUACAACUACAACCAACGCCCCAACUACAACCACCGCCGCAACUACAACCACAACUUCUUCCCCCACUACAACUACAACCGCUGCCCCAAUUACAACUACAACCACCUCCCCAACUACCACUACAACCACUGCUCCAACUACAACCACAGCUCCAACUACAACCACAACCACUGCUCCAACUACAACUACAACCACCUCCCAAACUACAACCACCGCCGCAACUACAACCACAACCACUGCCCCUACUACAACUACAACCGCUGCCCCAUCUACAACUACAAACUCCGCCCCAACUACAACUACAACCACCACCUCAAGUACAACUACAACCACUGCCCCAACUACAACUACAACCACCACUCCAAGUACAACCACAGCCGCAACUACAACCACAACCACUACCCCAACCACAACUACAACCACUGCCAAAACUACAACUACAACCACCGCCCCAACUACAACCACCACCGCAACUACAACCACAACCAUUUCCCCCACUACAACUAUAACUGCUGCCCCAACUACAAUCACCAUCCCAACUACAACUACAAGCACCGCGCCAACUACAACCACAACCACUGCCCCCACUACAACUACACCCGCUGCCCCGACUAUAACUACAAACACCGCCACAACUACAACCACCACCCCAACUACAACUACAACCACUACAACUGCUGCAUCAACUACAACCACUGCCUCAGCUACAACUGCUACAUCAACUACAACCACUGUCUCUACAACCAGAAGUGAUGCUUCUUCUAUCAGACUGGGAAUGAUCCAUCUGCUGCUUGGACUCCUUCUCUUUAUCUUCCUUUAAAGUCUAAAUAAAGCAAACACAAAGAAAAGAACAUAUGAUGCUAUAACAAGACUAAAAAACGUUGUGGAUAUUUACAUUGUGUUUACAAAUCACUGUUAAACUGAAGUCUGUGAAAAAAAGGUGAUAGAUUCUUGUUGAAGCUGACUUGGGAUAAGUAUGUAAGACUCUUUGUUUGUUGUCAUGAUGGACAAUUAUGUCCAUUAUGUCUAAAAUAAUGGACAUUAUUUAUUAUAUUUAUUUGACUUAUAUAAUAUAUACUUGUAUAUUCCUCCAUGUAUGCAAAUAUAUGCUUUCUAUUUAAUACUAAAUGGGUGAUACAAAUGAAUCCUUAUAGUUAUAACAAAGCAUGCUUUGGAAAUAAAAGAAAGA